CUGAUCGCUCGUGAUUUUUGGGCGGUGAGAACGUGGUAAUGGUGGUAACCGUGAUAUAGACAGGUUUUCGAGAACCUGUAGACAAGUAUUAAUCGGUAUUAAUUACUUAGUUGUCAUUCUGAAGUAUUGUUUAUUAGAGACAUUUAGUCUGAGGGGCCGGAGGAUUGAGGAAAGUUUGAACAUGGUGUGGAGUCCACCGAAAAAAGUUGUUUAUCUGAGUGCCGCAGCGACAUGCGCUAGCUUGGCGUGUUUGAUGAAGGAUUAUACUGGUGGGAGAAGGUAUGAAGGAUCGCAUCGUAUAGACAAGAAGGUUGUUAUCAUUACUGGAUCAAAUACAGGGAUUGGAAAAGAAACGGCAUUUGAAUUGGCAAAGAGGGGUGCACAUGUUGUCAUGGCUUGUAGAGAUGCAAGAAAGUGUGAAGUGAGUUUGAUUUUACAGGCACGACAAGAUAUUGUUCUUAGGACUAAGAAUAAAUAUGUGUAUUGCAGAAUUUGUGAUUUAGCAUCACAGGAAUCCAUAAUACAGUUUGCAGAGAGGUUUAAGUCAGAACAUCAGCGCCUUGAUAUCUUGAUAAAUAAUGCGGGCAUUAUGAGAUGUCCCCACACGAAAACAAAGGAAGGCAUCGAGAUGCAACUUGGUGUAAAUCAUAUGGGACAUUUCUUAUUGACGAACCUGUUAGUAGAUAAAUUAAAGGCAUCUGCUCCAAGCAGAAUAAUUAACGUGUCAAGUGUUGCACAUCAUAAAGGUAAAAUCCACAAGGAGGACCUAAAUAGUGACAAGCACUAUGAUAAGGCUGAAGCCUAUUACCAAAGCAAACUAGCCAAUUUGCUGUUCACCAGAGAACUAGCUAGAAGAUUGCAAGGAACUGGUGUAACAGUGAAUGCUGUACAUCCUGGCAUUGUGGAUACAGAGAUUGUACGACACAUGAGUUUCUUUAAUAGUACACUGUCUGCCAUAUUCCUCAAGCCAUUUAUUUGGAUGUUCAUCAAGAGUCCUGGGCAAGGAGCACGAACUACAGUCUAUAUGGCUCUAGAAGAGUCUCUAAAAGAUGUAAGCGGAAAAUAUUUCAACAACUGCACAGAAGAGGAAGUAGCACCACAAGCCAAGGAUGAUAUAAUGGCACAGUGGCUGUGGGCUGUCAGUGAGAAGUGGACAAGACUCGAUACAAUAAAGUAAUCAGUAAUUGAUAUAGAAGAGGAAGCCAAACCAGGAAUACCAAGGAUAGUAUUUUACUGGAACAGCGGCACAUAAAAUUUAGGGGUCGUCAUAAAGAGCCAUAUCCAUGGGAACAUGGCCACCUUCACCUUGAGAGAGUUACCCAGUGUGUCUUGUUCCAGGAUGCAGUGCAUUUAUGGUGACAUGUGUGUCUACAAAUAAUGUUAAUCAUUUGAAAUAACAGUAAGUUCUGUAGUAUAGUAUUUGUUAUAAAUUAAGAGCAGAAUAAAUUAAGAAAAAAUGCACUUUUAGUUCACAUUCUUUUAGUGUCCUGUCCCCUUUCAAAAU